AUGGGACAGUCCUCUUCUACGCAACGUGAUCCAUCCAACACUGGCUUUCCGGCACACCUUGCACCUUUCCCGAUACAGCGUGGCCCUAGCACAAGGGAUGAAAACAUGAAUCAUAGACAGGCGGCCGAACACAACGGAGAGGGUGGUUCGUCACCCCGGACGGACAUGAACACACACACCACGAGCGACCAAGAUAUGGCAUCCGACCCACCAGCCCGGUUCUCCGCUGGCGGUUCGCAACCCAUGCGGAGUAUCGAGGAGGAGGAUGGGCCCGAAUAUGAACUCCCACCUCGCGAAUACCGCACUGCAGCAUUUGCUCGAAUGGCAGCACGAAGACAAUCGACCAUGUCAAGGCUGGGCUCCAGGCUUCUUCCCAAUUCAGUAAUUCGUGGACUUCUCAACAGUCAAGAAGAGACCCCGGCGGAAGGACAUGCACAUCGACAUGGCCUAGUUCCUAUGCCCGUCCCAAGAUCCGAGACAGCCCACACCUCCGGUCGGUUCAGUGCGUUCAACUCACUCAGUUCCAGAGGAAUUACUCGGCGCCGGUCUGCUCGCGCGCCAUAUUUUAUACCACCCCGUGCGGAAUCUGCUGGAAUUCCAGAUGCACCAGCAAACCCGACAUACAUCGACUCUCCAUCUCAAAUACCCGAGCCCACAAGAGCAUCGUGGCGUCGCAGUGUUAGGCUACAACGCAUGCGCCAUUCGAUUUCAUCCCCCAUUUCUCACAUGUUCGGCCAACCACACUCGGAUUUGCGGCCUCACGAAAGCCCGGAACAUCAAAUGUCAGAUCCCUUAUUUGAUGACAGGGCUAUGGACACACAUAUGGACUUUGGCGAACCGCCUCAUGAACUUGAUUCGGUAGAACCAGCCAUGCAGGCUGGGUGGCCGCCGGUAACUGGUUCAUCUCCCGCCCAGCCGAGUCCUGCUUUGAUGCGCCGACUGCCUGGGAUUAUCCGAGCGAGAUCAUCCAGAGUCCUCCGACGAGAGGAGCAAACACCUCUGUCAAGGGUUCUUCAGCUUGCCGCAUCCGCAAUUGCAGCUCAGUUAUCCGGCACUGCCGGUCCUGCGCUGCCUAAUAUACAGGCAUUGGGCAAUGAUGGGUUAGAUGGCUCUUUGGAGAAUUUCAUCCAGAGUUUACAACACGCGACUUCUGCGCAGGCUCAACCGCCUGCAACAGGAGAGGGGCCGAACAAUACUGGAAAUGAAGCACCCUCGCAUCCUGUCAAUUUCUUGCGUGUAUUCCGAUUUGCCAAUUCAGAAUCUCCCACGGGCACAGGCGCUCCAGGGCAGAGCGCGAAUGGUGUCGGCGACCGCGGGACCCAAACCGAUGCAAUGGACAUCGACGAGCCUACCGAAGGUGAAGGACGAACAGUUACACUUGUUGUCGUCGGGGUUCGGUCCGUCCCGGCUGGAAACGGAGGCAAUACUGAACCGCAACAGCAACAGCCUGCAAGCCCUGGCCCUGGCCUAGAUGCUCUGCUCGGCCUACCUUUUUGCCACCCAACACUAUCCCACGGCCUCAAGGUGCCACUGGUGAACCUACUCAACGGGGCGAUGCGCGAUCCAGAUUGCAUACUCCUCGGCAGCCCGGCCUUGCAGGACUACACGCCCCCACCGGAGCCACGGAAUUCCCACGCCCAUCAGCCCCCAAUCACUUAA